AUGGCAAACUUUCAGACGAUCAAGAUUCAGACCGACACCCCAUUAGUAGGGCCUUUCCAGGUGCGACCGUUUGAUGCCAACACCGCUGCGAGAGUCUCAAAGCUGCUGCAGAGGAACCACGACAACUAUCAUAUCUACAUUCAUAAUUUAGGCCUGCACAAUCAUAUACUUCACCAUCUGUUGGCCCUGUACGCAGUUGGAGGAACGGCAGAGCAGCUCGACCAGGCCUACAGUCUCGCCGUGAACUCUCAGCGCCCAACCCGCAACCCCGAUGCUCGUCGGGUGUCGGACUUUGCUGAUCCUGCUGAAUUCAGAUCAUGCCUGGGAAGAGGUAAGUACUACGAUGAUUACUUUGCCUUUUUCCAGAGCGAAAUUAGGGAGAAUGGCAUGCCCAGCACGGUGAACAAGUAUCUUUUCAAGGGUGACGAUCGAGCGGAAGAUAUGCUGCGGCGAUUUUUCAGCGGAUUUCUGCAUUCGCCAAUCCACUUAGGAUAUGCCAUCGAGUUUGAUCAACCUCUUGUUGCUGCCGAAGCAUUGGCAUUGACGGCAAUCCAUGACUUUGCCUUUGGCAAGACCUUGGCCGUCAUUGAGAACUAUGCGGAGCGAGUACGAGACUCGAAGAGCUUGAUUGAGCUUCAACAAGAAAUCUAUGCGAAUCCCAAGCUUCGAGGCGCGAUGAAAUACGAGCAUGGUGUUUUUCAAGUCCGGGACGGCUUGCUUGCAAAUGCCUCAGACGAGUUCUUGCGCAUUGUCAGUGCCUGGAAAGUGCAGCCACAUGAGCUAGUACAGAAAACUGCACAAGCACUCAACUGUACAGUAUACUGGACGGCCCUUGCGCAAAGGCCUGAAAAACAGAUCCGAUUUGACUUUUUUCUGAUGCAUUCUAUCACCGCUGGGUCAUUAUGGCCGGCUAUAAACAGCGCGCCCUGGAUUACAUCCGAAGCCAAAUGCCGACUACUGGAAUGGAAGGGCCGAUCUGAUUUGAUGCUCUACUGCCAGGCCGGAGCCCCGAGGCUCUACCCGGAGGAACUAGCUGUCUACCGGCCACGCUCGCUGUCUGGAUGGAGUGAUAUUUUCUACCGCGCCUGUAAUUACGGAGACGAUGGCCAUCUGGUCAAGAUGAUUCGUGGAAUUUCCACAUCGGCUGCACUCAGCCAGUCGUUUGCGCACGAUCCUGCAUUUCCCAUCAAAUCGGACCAUGAGUUUCUGACCAUAGCGCAUAUGGUGAUUGACUCUGCCGAAGAGUUCAACCACGAGUCUGCCGACCAGGAGACGCGUAUGAUCUGCGCCAAGUAUGAAUACUCUCGACUCAUGUCGCCGGAGAUCCAGCGAGUCACUGCCAGGUGGCCGCGCCAUGUCGGCUUUGGAGAAGCCUGGUUCCAUGUCCCAGAGCGGAAGCCUCGCUUAACACAUCUAUGA